CUCUGGGCAAGGAGUAGGAUGGCUUAGGAUGCUUGAUUUACAAAACACCCAAAAUAGUUUAACAACUAAUAGGAUUACCAUGCAUUUGAGUGGGAGAGGUGGUUAGGUGUUCCAAUGUCAAAAUCAGAUAAGUCGCCUAACAAACGUGGGUAGCAGAUGGGUUGUGUGUGCGAGUCGAAGGGUUAACAAUCCUGUGCGACCACCAGUUGUACACGAUGUAAAGUGGAGCAACCUGUGAAGUUUAACCAAGAGCGUCAUUAGCCUGAUGAGGGCACGGUAUCUGCUUAGGAAGAGGGAACUAUCCACGUAGGUUUCAGAAGUCGCUUUAGAAAAUAACCAUGAUUGGUUUCGCGCCAAAAAAGACUUUAAUUUGAAAGGAUUUAGUGUCACGGUGUUAUUCUUGGCCUCUUUGAGGCAUAUGACGUUGCACCGUAUGUAGCCAUUAGGGGUGGGCAUUAUAAAAUUAUUUCCUUGAUCAACUAAAGGGAAAUUAACAUUUUUAUUUAUGAUAUUGUUCAUUUUCGUUGGGUACUAAAGUGUUUUUCGACACAGGUAUCACAUAUGUAAGGUCUAUGAGUAGGUUUAUUUACUCAAAUGCAAAUAACCCUAUGUCUAAAUAUACAUUAUAGUAAUGGUGGCACAAUGGGCUACGUACUACGUAGCUCCCCGGACUAUGCUGUUGUCAAAUAAUUUUGAGACCAUUUACGUGCCUUGGUUGGUGCUGUUUUCUCAGUGUGCGACAGCUCAAAUGGGCUUGGUUGAUUAUUUUUACUGAGGUUAAAAAGGUGUUUAUUUGCAGGCGGUCUAUACUGGUCUUUAGUGGAUCUCUCACCUGGGGAGGAUUUGGGGGACAGCCUUAAUGUGGGGCAUUGUAUCGCGCUUUGAGCACCAUGACGGUGUGUUUACCAUUUAUUUGACAGCAGACUCGUUGAGUUAAAUCAACACCGUGUUUGCAGCCUUCCAGUGCAGUCUAUUUUGACUUAAUUGCUUCACGAUAAAUCACCCAUCCAUUCCACACAAUCAAGAGAAUACGUAAAUAUAAAUCCAUCCACCCUUAAUUGAUUAUGCCCAUCCCUCGUAGCGACAUACAAGCAAAAAUCGGAAAGCUUUUCGACCACAAGUUGAAUUGUUGGAAUAGCGUUAGCAUUUCCAGUAGUGUGAGGCUUGUUAGGAGCCUGCAUGUAAAGAGAGCAACGAGAGCUCUGUGUACAAACUUUGUUGUUGUCAAAAUAUAUUUUUAUUUUACAAGGCUCUCUGUAAAAUACAAAUAUGUUCUCUAAGCAAAUUGUGUGCCACCAUACCACAGGCCCAUACUAACUGUCCUUAAUUUCUCUCCUACAGCAGUACUGCUUUGCCAGUCCUGUACUGCACUCUGUUAAGGGCGCAGCAACUCAUCCUGUGUAGGUUAUGGGGGACACAGAGAGAACUGUGCACUUGUCAGUUUUGGUCAGGGUCCACUUGCUCCUGGUCUUUGAACCCAGCUGGAGCUACUCUUGAUUUUCUAAAAGACACUUCUUUUUUCUUUUUUUUUUUACUGCCUUCAAUUUGUCUUGACGAUAAUGUUUCACUUGCUACCUUUUUUAGUCAAAAAGGAAGUCAAGAUAAAUGUUUAGUUAUGUAAACAAUGAUUAAGUCAAGCAAAAGUGGCUCUGACAGUCAUUUUUAAUGCAGACUAAUGAUAAGCUUCAGAAGCAAGUCUUCAUUUUGACCCAUUUAAGAAUUUUUUAUCCCCCAAGAAGAUACUUUGAUUUCUUUCCCCCCCAUCUUUUUUGUGUGUCAGAUCAAUGCUAAACAGGUGGUAUACUGUUGUGUGUAAGUUCAAACCCUUUUCCAAAGUGUUACUAAUGGUAAAGAGAAAUUUUCUAGGCUGCUUUUCUGCUGGUUGAAGUCUGACUACAGAAGGACCCUUGGCACUGAAAGUGAGGCAAAACGCCGGACCCCAAGCUACAGGUCAGAUCCUAUGUGGACGUCAUGAGAGAGCAGAACCUGUCCAAAGAAGAAAGAGAAAUUCGUCUGCAGCUCGUAGAGAAGGCCAAGUCGGGUGACCUGAAAGCUGUCAAUGGGUCCGCUGCCAGCCAAGCCGCCGCCGCUGCUGCUGCCGCCGCCGCCGCUGCUAAGCGCAAGCGCCGCUGGGACCAGACAGCUGACCAAACUCCUACCAAUUCGACCCCCAAAAAGAUGUCCAGCUGGGACCAGGCUGAUGCCAAUUCUGAUACUCCGGGACACACUCCGGCACACACACCUUCAAACAGCCGAUGGGACGAAACACCUGGCCGGCCUAAAGGAAGUGAGACCCCCGGGGCCACACCCAGCUCACGUAUGUGGGACCCUACACCCAGCCACACGCCGGCCGGUGCAGCCACGCCAGGCAGGGACACACCAGGUCACGCCACACCGGGCCACGGGGGAGCCACGGGAAGCGUCCGGAAGAACCGUUGGGACGAAACGCCAAAGACAGAGAGGGAGACCCCUGGGCACGGCAGUGGCUGGGCUGAAACUCCGCGUACCGACAGGGGGGAUGAGUCCGUCGGGGAGACACCUACUCCAGGUGCCAGCAAGAGGAAAUCUCGCUGGGAUGAAACACCCGCUAGUCAGAUGGGCUCUUCAACACCAUUGCUGACUCCUGGAAAGACCCCAAUCGGAACUCCUGCCAUGAACAUGGCUACCCCAACACCUGGUCACCUCAUGAGCAUGACUCCAGAACAACUGCAGGCGUGGAGGUGGGAGCGGGAGAUAGACGAGAGAAACCGGCCUCUCACAGACGACGAGCUCGACGCCAUGUUUCCUGAAGGAUACAAGGUGUUGCCUCCACCAGCUGGUUACGUGCCCAUCCGCACACCGGCUCGCAAGCUCUCGGCAACGCCUACCCCCAUCGGCGGCAUGACCGGCUUCCACAUGCAAGUGGAGGACCGCACCACCAAACAGAUGAAUGACCAACCCUCUGGAAACCUCCCCUUCCUCAAACCUGAUGACAUCCAGUAUUUUGACAAAUUGCUGGUUGAGGUGGAUGAGUCCACAUUGAGCCCCGAAGAACAGAAAGAAAGAAAGAUCAUGAAGCUGCUGUUGAAGAUUAAAAAUGGCACUCCCCCCAUGAGAAAGGCGGCCCUGCGUCAGAUCACAGACAAAGCUCGUGAGUUUGGAGCAGGACCUUUGUUCAACCAGAUCCUCCCACUGCUCAUGUCCCCAACCCUUGAGGACCAAGAACGCCACUUGCUGGUCAAAGUCAUCGACCGUAUUCUCUACAAACUUGACGACCUUGUUCGACCCUAUGUACACAAGAUCCUGGUGGUGAUUGAGCCCCUGCUCAUUGAUGAGGACUACUACGCCAGAGUAGAAGGCAGAGAGAUCAUUUCCAACUUGGCAAAGGCGGCUGGCCUGGCAACCAUGAUCUCGACCAUGCGUCCCGACAUUGACAACAUGGACGAGUAUGUGAGAAACACCACCGCCAGGGCCUUCGCAGUGGUGGCGUCUGCCCUCGGCAUCCCCUCCCUGCUACCCUUCCUCAAAGCCGUGUGCAAAAGCAAGAAGUCAUGGCAGGCCCGGCACACGGGCAUCAAGAUCGUACAGCAGAUCGCCAUCCUUAUGGGAUGCGCCAUCCUUCCUCACCUGCGCAGCUUGGUUGAGAUCAUUGAGCACGGUCUGGUGGAUGAGCAGCAAAAGGUGAGGACCAUCAGCGCCCUGGCCAUCGCUGCGUUGGCUGAAGCCGCAACGCCCUAUGGUAUCGAAUCCUUUGACUCGGUGCUCAAGCCCCUCUGGAAGGGUAUCAGGCAGCACAGAGGAAAAGGCUUGGCUGCCUUCCUCAAAGCUAUUGGCUACCUGAUCCCUUUGAUGGACGCCGAGUACGCCAACUACUACACCCGAGAAGUCAUGUUAAUCCUCAUCAGAGAGUUCCAGUCUCCAGAUGAGGAGAUGAAAAAGAUUGUCCUAAAGGUGGUGAAGCAGUGCUGCGGCACCGAUGGUGUGGAGGCCAACUACAUCAAGACUGAGAUCCUGCCGCCCUUCUUCAAGCACUUUUGGCAGCACAGGAUGGCUUUGGACAGACGUAACUAUAGACAGUUGGUGGACACCACCGUUGAACUGGCCAACAAGGUGGGAGCCGCAGAAAUUAUCUCCCGCAUUGUGGACGACCUGAAAGACGAGGCAGAGCAGUACCGUAAAAUGGUGAUGGAGACCAUCGAGAAGAUUAUGGGCAACCUGGGCGCCGCCGACAUCGACCACAAGCUGGAGGAGCAGUUGAUUGACGGCAUCCUGUACGCCUUCCAGGAACAGACCACAGAGGAUUCGGUGAUGCUCAACGGCUUCGGCACGGUGGUUAACGCCCUCGGCAAGCGCGUCAAGCCCUACCUGCCUCAGAUCUGCGGUACGGUACUGUGGCGUCUCAACAACAAGUCGGCCAAAGUGCGUCAGCAAGCUGCUGACCUCAUCUCACGCACCGCCGUGGUCAUGAAGACAUGCCAGGAGGAAAAGCUGAUGGGUCACUUGGGUGUGGUCCUGUAUGAAUACCUAGGAGAAGAAUACCCUGAAGUACUGGGCAGCAUCUUGGGAGCGCUGAAGGCCAUUGUAAAUGUUAUAGGCAUGCACAAGAUGACUCCCCCCAUCAAAGACCUGCUCCCUCGUUUGACUCCGAUCUUGAAGAACAGACACGAGAAAGUGCAGGAAAAUUGCAUCGACCUGGUGGGCAGGAUAGCGGACAGGGGUGCUGAGUACGUGUCAGCCAGAGAGUGGAUGAGGAUUUGUUUUGAGUUGCUGGAGCUUCUCAAGGCUCACAAAAAGGCCAUCCGCAGAGCCACUGUCAACACGUUUGGCUACAUCGCCAAGGCUAUUGGCCCACACGACGUCUUGGCCACUUUGCUCAACAACUUGAAAGUGCAGGAGCGCCAGAACCGCGUCUGCACCACCGUGGCCAUCGCCAUCGUGGCCGAGACGUGUUCGCCCUUCACCGUUCUGCCCGCGCUUAUGAACGAGUACCGCGUUCCUGAGCUCAAUGUGCAGAACGGCGUACUCAAGUCGCUGUCCUUCCUGUUCGAGUACAUUGGCGAGAUGGGCAAGGACUACAUCUACGCCGUCACGCCGCUGCUUGAGGAUGCGCUUAUGGACAGAGAUCUGGUCCAUAGGCAAACUGCCAGCGCGGUGGUCCAGCACAUGUCCUUGGGCGUUUACGGUUUUGGGUGUGAGGACUCCCUCAACCAUUUGCUAAACUACGUGUGGCCCAACGUGUUUGAGACGUCGCCUCACGUCAUUCAGGCUGUCAUGGGCGCCCUGGAAGGCUUGCGGGUCGCCAUUGGGCCGUGCCGCAUGCUGCAGUACUGCUUACAGGGUCUUUUCCACCCGGCGCGGAAAGUGCGCGACGUCUACUGGAAGAUUUACAACUCCAUCUACAUCGGUUCGCAAGACGCCCUCAUUGCUCACUACCCUCAAGUGUACAACGAUGAGAAAAAUAUGUAUAUCCGCUACGAGCUGGACUACGUCUUGUAAAUAACCUCCUUGUUCCUCUGCUUUUCCGAAUUGGUUUGGUUUUGCUGCCCCAAGUUUAUCAGCCCUUCUGUUGUCUUUGAGGCUUGCACAGAAAGUUCAAACUGAGCAUAAAGAGUAAAUGAAAUACGUUAGUUGUAUGUAUUUCCUCCCUGCCCUUCAAGCCAUAUUGUUUCCCCAUCAGUGAUCAAAAUAGGUAAAAGCAGUUGGAAUUGUUUUAAAUUUUUGAAUAUUUCAUAUGUAUCAAUAGACAGUUGAUUGGCUGUUCCCUCUGUGUACCUUUUUCCAUUUCACAUCUCUGUUCUUAGGAUUAGAUUGUUGUUUUUAUUUAACCAAAUAAAAGGUUUCCGUACA